UGUUCGGUAUAUGUCUAGUUUUGGACAUUUGUGCAGGCCCUCGUUUAUAUUUUUUCUAUCAACCAAAGUACUCCUUAAAUGUGGUGGCGAAGAUUUUGUACUAAUUUGGCGAUUUGUGUUGAGCAUCUUAUGACAGAGUUCAGCUAUAAAGUGAAAGCCAAAUCUUCAACCCCUCCUAAUAAUAUAACUGUAAAUGAGCUAAAUCUCCAUGGCUAACGAAGCUUCAUUUUGUCAUGUCUUCUUGAGCUUUAGAGGGGAAACUCGCAACAAGUUCACAUGUUUUCUCUACGAGGCUUUAAGAGCCGAAGGGUUUGUAGCCUUCAUGGACAAAACUGAUAUACGUGUUGGAGAUGAAGUAAGUUUGACAAUUAAGGAGGGGAUCAGAAACUCUAUGAGCGCCAUAAUUAUAUUCUCCAAAAAUUAUGCCGCCUCUACAUGGUGUCUUGAUGAACUUGUACUCGUCCUUGAACGCAACAGAAACUCUAGGUAUUUUAUACUUCCCAUUUUUUAUGAGGUCGAAAUACGUGAUAUUAGGCACCAGUUGGGUAAUUACGGACUCGCGCUGGAAAAGCAUAAGGCAAGGCACAACGACAAGGUUGAGAAGUGGAGAGAAGCUCUGGUAGAAGUUUGUAAUAUAUUUGGCGAGCAUGUAGAGGGAUUACAAAGCACAUUCAUCCAAAACACUGUCAAAUUGUUCAGAGAAAGAUUGGCCGCUAAGUUCCCAGAAUGUCGCCUCCCAACUCCACGAGUUCCGGUUUUACAAGGCAGUUCUUCAUCGUCCUCAUCUGAAGAUAAGAUUAUUCUGUACACGACUACUAGUGUUACUGAUGCCGUAGGUGCAUUAAAAAAGAUUUUGAGAAGCGGAAAUGUUGUAUAUGAGGAGAGAAACUGUUCAAUUGAGCCAAGGUAUUUGAGGGAGCUAAAAGAUCUGGUUGGAAAUGACAAGGUAAGGUUUCCUAUGGUGAUUGUGAAUGGGAAGGACCUGUGCGGAGAAGAAGAGGUCGAGGGCUUUUAUGAUGCCGAAGUUAAACGAAAGCUUGUCGGAUCACUGAUGUAUCACUACUAUUCACAAAGAUUUGCGAACCACGUUCAAGUUACGAUGUCAAAUGCAAUGCUUGGUAGAUAUCGGUAAUGUUAAAACAUUGUGUUUGUGUAUGAAAAUUGCAUGAUCUUCACUUUGACGAGAUCGUGGUUGUGGUAUUUUAUCUGUAAAUCGAGGUUAAUUUUUGAAUUUAUGACAUUUUCAAC